AUGGCAAAGCGAGUGGGCGCCAAAAUGAAUCGAAGAAGGGAAGACGAGCGACAGUCGCUUUUGACCCGGGCGGUGAACUCAGUUUUUGCAUUCUUCCGGUUCGCCGAGUUCGAGAUCCUCUUCGUCCUCUUCUUCCUCGUUGCUUUUCUUAUCUUCAAAGAUCUGGAUAGUUAUGGGGGUAGUAGCCUUGACAACCCCUUAGAGGUUAGCCUGGGGCUCAGGGAGCUACGGAUCAUAACUACUCAUGUCUUGCUUGGUUACGAGCCCAUGUACAACUUUUUCAUUUCUGUGUCAUCCACAACGUCUCUUCAACUUGCCAAGUGA